GAGAGAGAGAGAGAGGGUGGUGGGCUUGUGGGUGUGACGUAUGCAUAGGGGCAGCUACUUCAAGAGCAGCGUUGGACUGCCUCUCCUCUCUUCUCGUCUUUCUCCUCCUGGCCAGCUUCAAUGGCGAGGACAAUCCAUGUGCACCACACGUGCAGCGCAACCUUUUCUCCGUGUUGCUCGAAGUCCUUUAAAACCUCCCACUCGCUGAAGCACACUGUUCCAAGAGAACAGUAGAAAGCUAUGGAGUUGUGACAACUACGGGAUUCUGAAGCCAGUAGGAUUCUAAGGCCUGCCUCUCUCUCUCUCUCUCUCUCUCUCUCUCUCUCUCUGUCUUCUGUUAGCUUAGAGUGGUUCACCACGUGCAAACCACAUUUCUGCAAAUCUCUUUUCUCUGAACCUACACCACACAGUGAACCUCUGCCUUUGUGCACGAUGGAAGUUUCCUGUGUGGGAAGCAAUCGCCAUCCGUUGUGGUAUGUGUCGGCUUGAGGGCGGAGGAUAAAGGAUUAAAAAAUAAGGAGAGGGAGAGAGGAAGGAACAGUGGAAUGAGGGGAGCAGAUGGGUGGCAGUGAAUUUGGAAGAACGGCGCCUGUGAACAGGGACAUUGAACAGGCCAUCAUCGCAUUGAAGAAAGGUGCACAGCUUCUGAAGUAUGGAAGCAGAGGGAAACCUAAACUAUGUCAUUUCAGGCUGUCUGUGGAUGAAAGAUACCUUAUAUGGUUCUCUGGCAAUGAGGAAAAAAGUCUCAAAAUAAACUCUAUCACAAAGAUUACUCGAGGACAGGUAAAUUUCCAGCAACAAGCUCGGUCAGAAAAUUUCUGCCAAUCCUUCUCAUUAGUCUAUAGGAAUGGUGAGAAGUCCCUUGAUCUGAUAUGCAAGGACAAUGAACAAGCAGAAUCUUGGUAUCUGGGUCUGAAGUCACUAAUAUCUGGUUCAAACAAUGGGAAGGCUCCCUCACUUUUGAGAAAUGAUGGAGGUGCACAUUCUUAUUCAAAUAGCCCAAUUAGCUAUGCUCAAAGGAAGCAUAUCCCAGAACUUCUUGAAGGAUCAGCUAUACUUUCACAGGAUAUUGGACCACCACUGAAGGGUCAUAGGUCGACUGUGUUAGCAAAGAAGUGUUCCUCUGAUGGACUUUUGUUAUCUCCAAAUAUCCACUCUUUGCCAGAACAAGCUUUCUUAUCAGAUAAAGGGUCCGUCAUUGAUCUUGCACUUCCACUUUCUCAUUUAGCCAAAUCUGGUCGUCGUGCAGAACAAACAAUGGAAAGUGUGAAUAGCGAAGGACAUAGGGUGAGUUCGUCUAGCAUAAUUAGCUCUUCUAGCAAUGGGUGCUUGUUGGAUGAUCAUGACUCUUUGAAUGAUAUACUGUUAUGGGGAGAAGGGAUAGAGGGGUUCAUAUUAGGUGGUAGAAUUGAUCAAUCUUCUGGUCAGCAAGCCGAUUGUCUAUUGCCCAAAUUACUGGAAUCAGCUAUAGCAUUGGAUGUCUCCAGUAUCUCAUGUGGUGAAAAGCAUGCAGCAUUGAUUACCAAAAGGGGAGAGGUUUUCUGUUGGGGGAAAGAGAAUGGUGGCAGAUUGGGUCAUAAGAUCAAUGUGGAUGUGACUUGUCCAAAGAUUGUUGAAGCCCUUUCUAGUGUAAACGUGGAAGUGGCCAAGUGUGGAGAAUCACAUACUUGUGCAUUAUCAAGAACUGGUGAAGUUUAUAUUUGGGGUGGCAGUACUCAAGGCUUUGAUACUUUAGCUGAUGGAAGCAGAAAGAGUUUGUGGCUGCCACAUAGGAUAUCACUAGAGGGCAUCCAGAUCUCAAGCAUUGCUUGUGGAGCCUGGCAUACUGCCCUUAUUUCUUCUUCUGGUGCUGUAUUUACAUUUGGUGAGGGAAUAUUUGGAGCUCUUGGGCAUGGUAAUCUUGAAAGCAUCUGCCAACCUAGACAAGUGGAAUCCUUGAAUGGCUUUAAGGUAAAAUCUGUGGCGUGUGGUCAAUGGCACACAGCUGCUAUAGUGGAAAUUCCGAAUAAGUUCUCGGAUGGUAACUCUCCUGGUUGCAAAUUGUUUACUUGGGGUGAUGGAGAUAAAGGGAAACUUGGUCAUGCUAACAAAGAGAGGAAGCUUGUUCCUACUAUUGUUGCAUCACUGGCAGAAAAUGAUUUUCUCCAAGUCUCCUGUGGACAAAUGAUGACCAUAGCACUGACAGUUUCAGGUACUGUCUUCACCAUGGGAAGUUCAAUGCAUGGCCAGCUAGGGAACCCCCAUGCCAAAGAUGGAGCUAUUUCAAUUGUUGAGGGUGCAUUAAAAUGUGAGCAUGUCAAAGAGAUUUCAUCUGGGUCCUGUCAUGUUGCAGUUUUGACAUCUAAAGGUAACGUCUAUACUUGGGGAAAGGGUGCAAAUGGAAGGUUAGGAUUGGGUGAUGUUGAGGACAGGAACUGCCCAGCUCUAGUGGAAGGACUCAAAGAUAGGCAUGUUAGGAGUGUCACUUGUGGGUCAAGUUUCACUGCAGUGAUUUGUCGCCACAAAGCAAUCUCAAGCACUGAUCAGUCAUUGUGCUCUGGAUGCAAAAUGGUCUUUGGUUUUACUAGGAAGAAACACCAUUGUUAUAACUGUGGUUUUACUUUUUGCCAUGCAUGUAGCAGCAAGAAAACUAUGAACGCCUCUCUAGCACCAAACAAAAGCAAAUAUUAUCGCGUAUGCGAUCAAUGUUUUGCUCAAUUAAGAAGCUUGGAGGAAUUUUCAGCUGGCCAAGAAACCCCUAGCUCCAGACACCUUUCAAUGAUGCAUAAGUUAGCUAUUUCUAAUUUGAAACAUCUCAAGUCAGAGCCUGCAUAUAUGGUGUCACAAGCCUUCUCCCCAAAACUGGGUGGUCAUGAGCAGCUAAAAUAUUAUGAAGGAAAGAACUUUAGGCAGGGGAGAGGGAUACAGUUAUCAAAUUCCUUUGCCUCAUUUUCUCUUGAACCACAACGAUGGGGUCAGGUGGAAUGCCCUAGGCAUUUCACCACAUUCAAUUCUGCCACUUCUAAUGUCCAUUCGAAGAAAGAAGCACUUUCAGUCUUUCCCACGCAUGCACCUGAAGGUAAACUCCCUGCUGCAAAUACAAGCAUUGGUGGGUUUGAAGAUGCAAAAGUGAACCAGUCCACAGCAGAGCUUGUUGAGGAAAUACAGAGAUUGAGGGUUGAGGCCAAGAACCUUGAGGAACAAUGCAAAAUGAAGGAGGAGAAGAUUCAGCAUUACAAAGAAGGCAUUAAAGAAACUUGGACACUUGCAAGUGAGGAAGUUGCCAAGUGUAAAGCAGCAAAAGAUGUUAUAAAAGUCUUGGCAGCUCGACUGAAGGAAAUGUCAGAGAAGUUUGCAACUGAAAAGCAGGAGAUUGUUGUUAAGAAGAUUUUGGCCCCUAAGGAAUCUCAAGAGCUUGAGGAUGCCCAAGUGCUUGAGGACAACUUACAUACGUCCUCCACUCAGAAUGGUUCAUGCAGCCCAAUUGAAUCAUCAAAUGGUUCACUGAUAGUUGGACGUGAGAAGGUUAUGCAUCACACUUUGCUUAGUGAUACGAAGUCUGAAUCCAGAGAUCUUAGUCAAAAUCCUGGGAACAUGUUGAAAACAGAAGAUGGGCAUCCACCUUUCUCGGAAUGGGUGGAACAAGAUGAGCCUGGUGUAUAUAUCACAUUCAUGGCUUUACCAAAUGGCCAGAAGGAGCUGAAGCGCGUGAGAUUCAGCCGCAAGCGAUUUAGUGAAAAGGAAGCAGAGACCUGGUGGGCAGAGAAUCGGCUAAGGGUGCAUUACAAAUACAAUGUCAUUGGAACUGGUGGAACUGGAAUUGGUAGCCGAAUUGGUGAAUCCCAUUAUAGGUUGUCAAAGAACUACUGACUAAUGUAUGCUUGAUGUUACAUGACCGAGCUUUUAGUUGUGUACACUACAAAUUCAUCAUUGUAUAUUGAAUUAAGUAAUAAUGAGAGCAAAGAAGCCUCGCCCAAUGUGCUGCAGGUAUUAAGUUUUCUAUUUAUUAAAAACCUAGUUCAUUGAAGCUUUUCCAAUAAUAUUCUUUUUUCUCGGAGACUUGAUUAACAGGACUGCAAUAUAUCAGGAAGGAUACGGCCGUAUAACCUUUCUAUCCAGGAUAAGCAAAUGAAAUGAGAAAGACCACGUUGCUAGUUGCCAAUGUGGUCAGAAGGUGCACGAGAAUGUUGAAGGUCAAGAUUCUGGUUCUAUUCUGUAUUCAGGCUGACUGUCUCCAGCCUCUUGACCAUGGUCCCUACAGAAAAGCUCUGAGGAUCAACUGCUGUGGAACUAAAGCAAUUCUUCGCAGCGAGCAGGACAUUCAUCACUCAUGAGUCGAUCGGUACAUUCAUCACUCAUGAGUCGAUCGGUACGAAGAAAAACUCCGAGUUCUAUUUCCUGCCACCAAGAACCCUCAGAUCUGGCGGAGAAUGGACACCCAUGGCCCAACUGUCCCUCACCUUGAAGAAGUUCAAAGGUCGUCCUUACCAGAGAAUGGAAUAAUAAGUCAAGCAGCAAACCUUGAUUAGCCCAUGCACAUCCUCCAGGGAUGGAAGCUACUCAACUUGCUCAAAUCGGCGGCCCUUCUUGCCAUCAAUGGAGGACCAAGCGUUGAUGAAAGUAUGUAUGUGGAAUGAAGCCACCCUUGGCAGCCAUACUGGUUCUCGGAAGGCCCUCCCUGAAGAAAGAAAGCUUGCAAGACCCAUAAAGGUUCGACUGUGCGGUAGGCUUUGGCUGUCAUACAUUGCUCAAAUUUCAUGGAUUUCGGUGAAAGUUAAAGCAGAGAAGAUCAACAGAAAAGGAAUUCUAUCAUCGCACUCAAAGCAUCCGAGGCAUUUUCCCUCGAGACUUUUCUCAGAAGAGAAAAGGGCAUAAAAAAGAUUAUACAGGCAAAAUCCUUAAAUUUUGUCAAGAAGAAAGGAUCUCCAUUAGUUUGAGAAUGGCAGAGUCGUUUUCGUUGUCGUUUAUCUGUGGACGCAACUCCAAAGAAAACAUGGGGAUCCUCAUAAAGUUUUGCACCACAAACGUUGCACCAUGUGGACAUGCUAGAUAUGGUAAUUUUGUAGGCGUAUUUCAAUUCAUAUAAAUGUAAAGAGAGGAAGACAUUUUUAUAGUUACUAAAAACUUUUUUCAAGGUGUCGAGGUACAA